AUGGAUCCACCUCCACCUAAUGAUCAAGCUUACCAUAGUUAUAUACCAUACAGAAGAAAUCCUUAUUAUCCUUCACAACCCCAACCUCCAUACGCACCGCCUCAAUACUAUCAUAACUACCAUUUUCCUUACCCACCGUCUUUUCCAUAUUCAAUACCUCCACCACCUAUUUAUUACCAUGAACAAGCUUACGUAACUCAGCACUUUCAACCCCCAAGAUAUCCUGCUCAUGAAAUGCCUUCAUAUUACCCUCCAACGCACUUUGACGAGCCAAAUUAUCCGAAUUCUGAAGAUUUUCCGAGCAGUGACCCAACCACGAGAUCCACACGCGUGUGUGCCGGCGUGGGAGCUCUCUGGAACAAAUCCACGCCGAGUCACACGCGUGGUGAUGACGUGGACAGAGCCAACACCUGUACUUAUUCUUCUACUUCCAUAGAACCGCCUCUGUCGCCCGAAAGCAACCAAACCACCCUCGAGCAACGCUUAAAUGACUUUAUACGAGAAACGAGGGAGGAGAAUGCUAAACUUAAAGAGACUAUCACUAAAGAAAUGCUGGGAGAAAUUCAAGAACUUCGCCACGAAACACUCUCACCGCUCCAAACGGUUGAGAGUACACUCGCAAAGAUUAUGGAAAUGAUCCAAUCCCAGGGAGAAACAGAUGUGAAUGCCGUAACACUGAGAAGCGGGAGAACACUUCCAGAAGUUGUUCCACCCCCACCGCAAUCUAUUCCAACAGAAGAACCAAGGUUGAAUAAUGAAGAGACUUCCAACUCGAAGCAAGUCGAACGAACACCUGAAGAAGAACUCAGCAGGGAAGAAAUGCAACCACAACCCUCUCGAAAAGGAAAAGAAAUCAUGGAAAAACCACCACCUGUGCCGAAAGCUAAACUUCCGUUCCCUCAAAGAUUCCGCACUGACAUUGACAACGCCAAGUACGAUAAGUUCUUACAAAUGCUACGCCAAUUACACAUUGACAUGUCAUUCAUUGAUGCACUAGGAGAAAUGCCGAGGUAUGCCAAAUUCCUUAAAGAUCUUUUAUCUAACAAAAAGAGAUUGGCUAAAAUUGCUACUGUUGUGCUAGGAGAAGAAUGUUCUGCUAUAUUACAUAAGGAUGUGCCUAAGAAGUUAAAAGAUCCUGGAAGUUUCACUAUACCUUGUAAUAUAGGAGGCACUACUUUUAAUAGAGCCUUGGCAGACCUAGGUGCUAGCAUUAAUUUGAUGCCUUUUGCGUUAUACCGGAAAUUGAAUUUAGGAACUCUUAAGCCUACACGCAUGUGCAUUCAAUUAGCUGACCGAUCCACCAAGUACCCUAGGGGUAUAGUGGAAGAUGUUUUGGUCCGAGUCGAUAAAUUUAUUUUUCCAGUGGACUUUGUGAUCUUAGAUAUGGACCUAGAUGUGGAAAUUCCUCUCAUCUUGGGCAGACCUUUCUUGGCAAUCGCUAGAGCUUUAAUAGAUGUGGGGGAAAACAAACUCGUUAUCCGUGUAGGAGAUGAGUCCGCCAGCUUCGACGUAACCAAAAUCAUGAAGUAUCCUCUAGAUGGGGAUGGAUACUUUUUCGUCGACUACGUGCAUGAUGAAAUAGACUAUCUAUGUGAAGUGCCCAAAGCCAAGAGGCAUGAUUUUAAUCGGGAAUGUCCCAUAGGAGCUAAAAAUUGUAAUGAAAGGAAGGAGUUACUAGUUGUCAUCGCGACAGAUCUCUCAGAAAAACAAAAAGAACAACUGCUAACAGUGCUAAAAAGAAACAAAGAAGCUAUAGGUUGGAAGAUGACUGGCUUGAAAGGGAUUAAUCCGGCCAUCUGCACACAUAAAAUUGUAUUGGAAGAAGGAUCCAAACCAGUAGCACAGCCGCAACGCCGACUUAACCCGAACACGUUCGAAGUCUUGAAAAACAAGGUGAUCAAACUUAUGGAUGUCAGAAUGAUUUAUCCUAUUUCGGAUAGCACAUGGGUCAGUCCGACUCAUGUGGUACCGAAAACAGGAGGAAUCACAGUCACUGAGAAUGAUAACAAGGAAUUGAUUCCUACAAGAAAGAUAACUGGAUGGAGAGUUUGUAUUGACUAUAGCAAGCUCAACGAAGCCACUCGAAAAGACCACUUUCCAUUACCCUUUAUAGAUCAAAUGAUUGAGAAAAUUUCAUUGGUGAUUUUAUGGAAUUUUUCAUGGACGAUUUCACAAUUUUUGGAGAAACUUUCUAAGAAUGCCUUGGAAAUCUGGAAAAGGAGAUUUAUAAAGGACUUCUCAAAAAUCGCAAGGCCGUUGACUAAACUGUUGGAAAAGGAUGCUACUUUUGAAUUAAAUGAAGAUGCUAUGAAAGCAUUCCAGAAUUUAAAGGAUGCUAUGGUACAUACUCCGAUUCUUGUAGGACCAAAAUGGGAUCAACAAUUUGAGUUGAUGUGCGACGCGAGCAAUUUUGCAGUUGGAGUUGUGCUAGGGCAGAAAAACGACAAGAAAUUUCAGCCUAUUGCCUACGCUAGGUCAUCAUUCAUACUGAUCAUGCGGCUAUCAGAUUUCUUAUGUCUAAACCCUAAGCAAAGCCAAGUGAUCAGAUCGAUUCUUCUAUUGCAAGAAUUUGACGUGACUAUUGUGGAUCGAAAAGGAGUUGAAAACAGUGCAGCAGAUCAUCUGUCAAGGUUAGAGAAUGAGAAAGGACAAGAUAUGAUUGGAGAUGUAAAUGAAUAUUUUCCUGAAGAGAAAUUGAUGGGUCUCUAUCUCACACCUUGGUAUGCUGAUCUGGCAAACUACCUUGUAGGAGGAGAAUUACCGGAAUUCUUGGAUACGCACGCCUGA